GAAUCCUAGGGACAGGGCGAAUAUAUUUUCUCUGUUGUCGUUUUCAUAUACUGGGUGCCUGUUCAAAAAGUCUCUGAAAAAAGACUUGGAAGAAGAUGACAUAUACGAGGUGAUCGAGACUUGCGAAGCCAAGAAAAAUGGCGAUGAGUUUGAGAAAAUCUGGCGCAAACGAAGAGAGAGCGGCAAAAGCUCCUUAAUCCCUGUACUAUGGAAAUGUUUCGGCUGGCAAUAUCUAUUCCUCGGGGUGAUAAAUCUCACUUGGAAGCUAGUCAACAGUAUCCUCGAACCCCUUGCAAUCUCCAAAGUGGUAUCCUACUUCAACCCCAUGGGCAACAGUGGCAUGACUUUCAACGAUGCUGUUUUCUACGGAGCUCUCAAAGUGGGGCUCCGUAUGUUCCACGGGACGUUUAUGCAGAACUAUAUCAUCUACAUUCAGCAAAUUUCCAUCAGAAUGCGAACCGCUUUCUGCUCGUUGGUCUAUCGCAAAGCUCUAAAGCUCACACCAACAGCCAUGAACGAAAUCAGCUUGGGAAAUGUGAUCACAGUUAUCACCAAAGAUGUGAUGAUCUUCGAACGCAACAUUAUGCUGUUCAAUGAUGUGUGGAUUGAAAUUAUUCGAUUAGCUGUUGUCUCGUUUUUGAUUUAUAACAAAAUGGGAUGGGCUGGAUUGGUGGGGGUUGGUGUGCUUUUUACCAUCGUUCCAGUGCAGAUUUACAUCGCAAAGUGCAUUAAGAAUCUGCGUCUGGAUUUGUCCGAGAAAACCGAUCAGCGACUGCAGGCCACUCAGGAAACCCUAUCGGCAAUAAAAAUCAUCAAAAUGUACACUUGGGAAAAAGUGUUUUCCGCCAAAGUCGAAGAAAAACGACGAUUGGAAAUGAGCUACUUGAUGAAAUCCAUGUAUCUCCGUUCAGCCAAUUUCAUUGCCGGACUGGUAACUUCCAAAGUGGGCUUCUACGCGCUCAUCAUGACUUACAUCGCAGUGAAUAAAACAGCCGAUGCAGAAAUCAUCUUCUACGUCAUGAAGUGUUUCGGCGAUGUUAAGCGCUCCAUCAUCAUGCUAAUCCCUAUGGGACUAGGAAGGGGAGCCGAGAUCUAUGCCUCCACCCAAAGAAUCAACAAAAUCCUCAUGAGCGAGGAGUUGAACGAGAACGACAACCAAGACUACGAUAAACCAAAAGUCGUGCUUAGCGGAGCGACAGUGAAACUGAAAAAGGAAGUGAUCUUGAGGAACGUUUCCUUGAAGCUCCAGCCUGGAUUGACGAUUGUGACUGGGCCUCUGGGCUGCGGCAAAAGCUCUCUCCUCAAAUUGUUCCUCAAAGACUUCCCGGUUCACGAAGGGAAGGUUUACACGAGAGGAACCUUUUCCUAUAGUUCUCAAGAUCCCUGGCUCUUCCCUUCUUCCAUCAAACAAAACAUUACUUUCGGACAGCCUUUUGAUGAGGACCGGUAUAACGAAGUGGUUAGGGUUUGCGCUCUUCAAUACGACUUCAACAUGUUUGAAAAAGGCGAUGAGACGAUCGUGGCUGAUAGAGGCAUAAAUUUGAGUGGAGGCCAGCAGGCAAGAAUUAACCUGGCCAGGGCUGUAUAUAAGAAGAGCGAAAUUUACUUGCUUGAUGAUCCUCUUCACGCUUUGGACCCCAACAUUCAAGACUACAUUUUCCAGAACUGCAUCCAAAAGUUCCUCAAUGGGGAAUUUGUUGUUUUGGUCACCCACAAUUUGAGACACAAAAACACCGCCGAUCAGUUAAUAGUGAUGAAGGAAGGGGAAAUCAAGUAUUCCGGCAAACCGACAGAAGCCAGAGUCGACCUGAUCAAGGAAAUCGAACUGGAGGAACUGAAUGAAGAAAAAAAGGAGGUAAACGAAAACGACACCGCCACGGAAGAGUCCAAACUACUGAAGCCGCAAGAAACACCCAAGAAGAAGGUUUACAGCGAAGUGAAGAAAACUGGAAAAGUCGAUUGGUCAGUGUUCCGCCAGUACUUUGCCUUUGGCGGUGGAUUUUUGGUGUUUUCUGCCAUUGUCGUUCUAUUUGUUGGGUCGGAGUUUUCAGACAGCUAUUCCGAAAGACUCCUAACUAACUGGAUCAACAUCGAACAAAAUGCCACCAACACCAAAGCUCACGCCACAAACGAUACAAUGUAUGCCGAAACCAUAGAAAAACUAACAAAUAAAGCGAAUUGGACGUUAAGAGUCUACUCGGCAAUGAUCGCUGCCUCAGUAGUUCUAGACCUGAUCAAGCAGGGUCUGUUCAUAAAUUUCGCUCGGAAAGCUUCGAUUAACCUGCAUAACGAGAUGAUAGAGAAGCUGACGACUGCCGUGAUGAGCUUCUACGAUAAUUACUUCAUAGGCAACAUUUUGAACAGAUUUUCGCAGGACUUGACGAAAAUUGAUGAGCAUUUACCGCAUACAAUCAAUCACUUUACGAGGAUUGUCCUUUCUGUCGGUGGUGUGGUAGGUCUGGUUUCCUCCAUUAACUGGAGAUUCCUGAUUCCAGCAGGCGUUUUAGUGGUACUGAUGAUUUUCCUGCAAAGAUUUUAUAUUCCAGCAGCUAGAAGUUUGAAACGACUUGAAUCAGCAACUCGCAGCCCACUUAUUGGCCAUUUGAAUGCCACGAUGGAAGGCGUUACCACCAUAAGAGCUUUCAAAGCCCAAGCAUUACUAGUGGAGGAAUUCGAUAGGCACCAAGAUCUCUACACAUCGGCCCAUUACAUGACAUUCUGCAUCCAAAGAGCGUUUGCUUUCUUCAUGGAAGUGGUUUCUUCCAGCUUUAUUGCCGUUAUUCUUGCGAAAAUUUUGUUCUUCAAUUCAGGUGAAAGUGGUGGUGAUGUUGGUUUGGCCCUCACCAAAGCCUCCAUGCUGGCCGGGUUGGUUGAGUGGGCUUUAAUGCAAUUGUCCGAUCUGGAAAACGACAUGACUUCAGUUGAGCGAGUGUUGGAGUACAGCGCUGUUGAACAGGAUCACUAUGAAGGCCAGAAGCCGGUUGAGUGGCCUUCUAAAGGCCACGUUGUCUAUAAGGCAGUGUCCUUGGUUUAUAAAUCCGAGAAGGUUUUGAAGGAUAUUUCGUUCGAUAUCAAGCCGAAUCAGAGGAUUGGCAUUGUUGGAAGAACUGGCGCAGGGAAAUCUUCGAUUAUAUCCACGUUGUUUAGGUUGUAUAACUUUGAAGGCACCAUAUCGAUUGAUGGUGUGGAUACAAAGACCAUCGCUUUGGAUUACUUGAGAGGGAAGAUUUCAAUUAUUCCUCAGGAUCCCCUUCUGUUCCAAGGCACAAUUCGUCAAAACAUCGAUCCUUACAACAAUUACACUGACGACGAAAUCUGGAGUACCUUGGAGAAGGUGCACAUGAAGGACCACAUUCACACCUUGGAGCUUGCCAUCACUGACCACGGCUCGAAUUUCUCAACUGGUCAAAGACAGUUGAUUUGUCUGGCAAGGGCGAUUAUCAAAAAGAACAAAAUCGUUGUUCUGGAUGAAGCCACAGCCAACAUGGACCCGGAUGCGGAAAUUUUGGCUCAACAAGCCAUAGAUGCUCAUUUCGCCGAUUGCACGAUGUUCAUCAUCGCUCAUCGUCUUCAGGCAGUGUUGCAAUGCGACAAAAUCAUUGUGAUGGAUAAAGGGGAGAUCAUUGAGUUUGAGAAUCCGAUGACUUUGCUCGAGAACAAGAACAGUCAUUUUUCGAAGAUGUUGGCCACUGAUUCAGCUCAAUCGUUCAAAUAGAGGCUGUAAGCAGUAGGCAAAGGGAGGAAGACAUUGAGGCUUGGAAAAGUGGCCGCAGGAGCGGUGAAAUAAUCACGCAUAAGUCGCCAGUGCUUGAUAGGUUUUAAUUCAAGAUUAGUUUUUGAGGCGAUAAAGUUUUGUUUUGUUCUUUUAUUGUGACGUUCAAUAUUUUGUUAUUAAAAUGUUGUAAGUGUGGAA